CAUCGCUGCGGAGGCUGUGUCGAACCGUCCUAAACAGUUUUUUGACGUAACGGGAAUACUCUGCGUCAUGCUUACCCUCUGACAGCUAACAAUCUGGUUCAUACAACGAAAGUGGUGUUCGUCAAAGUGAUAGUGUAUGAGUGUGUGUAGCUCUAGAUAUCGUGCAAUGGUGAGGGGUGGAACGUAAAUGUGACCGGGACUGGCUGCAGGGGAGGGGCUCUUUCACGCUUAAUAUCAUGCCUUUCGAAUUGAGAUCAGGUGGCGGACCGAGCGGUUCUGGCGUGUCGGUUUCAACUCAGGCGGACAUAGCGCACUCAGCGAAAGGCUACGAAUCUGAGGAUGAAAACGCGGGCAGAAAGCGGCAGAAGGCCAACGACGACCGGCCAACCAGCAAGACCACAAUGUACUCUAAACAGGAGUUCCGAGAGCAAUAUUGUAUCAACAACAAGCAAUUGGACUUGCUGGAACUGGAGAAGUCCAAGAAGGACAGAUUCCUCGGAUGCCUGUCGCAGUACCACAUCGAGAGUCCAUGCUCACGAGCAAAUAGGUCAUCAUUCCUAUCCGUGUGUGUCCGUCGUCGAGUGCCCUCAGAUGAGAAUCUCAACACCGAUUAUGCGCCCAUACAGAGGUUUCCAAGAUUCGGUCAACCAGCUCCAGCACCUCCCGAGGUGUGCGCAUAUGAUGCCGAUUUGGAAUGCUCGUACUUUCGCCGGCGGCCCCGCUCGGUGUGCAGUCAGCCUGACCCCAAACGCUACACCUGGAUGCCAGAGGAUGAAGACUUCACCCGGAUGGAGUGGCCACAAUCGGUAAUAGAAGAUAACGCGGGUUGGCCCCAAAACUAUAGUGUGGACCAAAUCGCGUCUGUAAGCCGAGGAGGCUCAUUACCUAGACCACCCUCUAUAAUACCCUGCCCCGCCCACACUCCGAUACCUCCGCCACCUCCACCACCGCCUCUCACCAUACCACCGCACAGAACAAAGCAUGUAUCGUUUGCUCGUUCGCACACGUUAACGACUUUCGAUGACUCUGUAAUGCCGGCUGCCGUUAGCGGUAGUAGGUUUAGGAGGGACUGCGAGAGACUGAUUGAUGGACGUGUAGUUAAGCCGGAAAACAAGCCAUACGCAACUCUGCCAGUAAUGUUUCAGCCGUUCCCACCAUAUCCGCAAUAUAUGACUGCGCAGGCGCCGGCUCCAAUACAUUAUCCACCACCUAUAGCACCUCUGCCAGCUCAUACACUGCCAGUGCAACGACCGACUCAGACGGAAGUUCCGAAAGUCGUCGUUUUAGAUUCAAUUAAAAAAGGAGUAAUGAGAACACAAGCUACUCAAACUGAAGUCUGUUUAGGAAGAAAACCGCUUCCACCUAAUUAUCUUUCACUGAGCCCUAGAACUAUUAAAAGGGUUAAAAUGGUCGCAGCUGGUGUUCAGACUAAUGGCUACACUGUAGGAGUACGUAGAUUAACCAAGUCUUUUUCUGAAGUCGGAGGUGAUAGACUAGCUGGUCGUGAUACACAGACCGAUGUUUCUAUAGAUAUAGAAAGUAUAAUUGGAACGGAUCAUGAAAAACUUCAUAGAACACAGUCUGAAGAACCACCUAGGUCUCCACGUUCGCCAACAUCUGUAAUACCGACUUCACCGAACAUUCAAAGAGGUGACUCAGACGACGUAACGUCAUCUUCAAUAAAAUCAAUAGCGUCGUCACAAGUGGAUAAAUCCUCGGAACUUAGCAUAUUACAACGGCAAGCACAGGAAUAUUUUCAACAAAAUUUUCAAUUUAUUCAUGAAAGCGAUAGAGAUGACACGAUUGACGAUGAUAUGGAAACUAUUGAAAAGAGUAUGGCGUUAAAUCGUAGAAAUUUAGAAUAUUUACAACAAGAAAUAGCUAAACAAGCCAAAGGUGAAAGGUCCCUUAGAUCCAUUUUAUCUAAAAGUACCAGUGAUGCAUCUCAUAAAACUGUAAAUUCUUCGCACCAUUUAUCGAAAACUUCCACAUUUCAAUCCGAACCGUCAACGGAGACAUCCGCUACAACCACAGAUGAUAGUGAAAAAAAUGAAAAAGAAAUCAUUAUUGAUUUCGAGCCUCGACCAGACGAAGAGGCUAUACCAUUCACAACAUUACGUAGGAAAAAUAAAAGAAUAUUGCAAAAAACAUUGUCUGAGGGAGAAAUACUAUUAGAUGCUCGAAAAACAGAAAUGAAUACUGAAGGAAUUAAAGAUGCACCCAUUGUGAUGUCAACGAGCCAAGAAAACAUGACUAAAGAAGACCGUGAAAGGGAAGCAAAAUAUCGACAGUACAUAGCCCAAAAUUACAGCCAAACUCCAAUAAAAGACGAAGGCAUUUUUGGAUUUGAACCAGAUGGUUCGUUCAGUUCUUCAGACGGAAAUGCACCAUACGAAGACUUUCAUGAAAAGUAUAUUAGUUACAAGCAUGAACCAUUUAGAAUUCGAAGUGUAAGUUUCGAGGAGAAACCGGAGAGGGUUGUCAAGGAAGAAAUUCCUUUGAAUGGCACUGCUAAGUCAAGUCCAGCAUCACCAGACCCCAUAAGCUGUAACGUGGAUUUAGAACAAAAAACAAAACUCACAACCACUAAAAGUAAUAUUACUACUAUUCUUGCGCCCUUAGAGAAAUCUUCGCCUUGCGCUUCUAGUGAAUCACUCACUGUAGAUCAAAGCAGGGAUCACUCUGAUGGAAUGUGGAAUGAGUCUCAAACAACUGUACUACAAGUAGAUUCUGGUACUGAUAAUGGUACAGUAGUAAGUUCUUCUGAUCUAAGUUCCUUAGCUACGUCUCCCGGGGCAUUAGCUUUAUUAACUCCUACCUCCAGAAGAAAACAAUUAUUAUUACUUCAACAUCAACAAAGAUCUUCAUUAGACACAGAUGCAUUAGAUGAAGAAUUUGAUGCUUCUCAAAGUCAAUCACCAACUUCUCCACGUAACAAAUUAGACACAUCCAGUUCAAGUUCCGCGCAACAAACAAGAGCAUCACUAUCACCACCAGCUGUCGUACCAAAUAUUACCUUGCCAAUAACGAAACAGCCAACAAUUUCGAAAUCUUUAUCACCAACUAUAUCAAUAAAACCUAACCAUACGCCAGCAAUAGCCAUCACACAUCCUAGUUUAGACUUAAGUGAUGUACCUUUUAAAAGGACUCCGAGUUUUAUAAAUAAAAAAAGAGAACGAGCUUUAAGUCCUUCUAGGAGACAAGAAUUACAGAGAAAAGCGCAUCAAAAGGAACCAAAUGGUACUAUACCUAAUCAAAUAGUCGAAUCCCCCUCAGAACCGUCACUGGCAAAACCCGCUAGUAGUGAAACUAGCUUAGCUAGGACUGAUUCUGGAAAAAUCAACACAACAGACGUAUCGGAGAGCACAACCACGACUGAAGACUAUGUAACUGCUAAUUCGGAUAGUUCAAAAAAAAGUAACUGUAAAAAUCAAAACCACAAUUCCGAAAACAAUAACAAAGCCCAGGAAGGAUCUUCCUUUGAAAGCGCAUCCAGUUUGUAUUCGUCUACAAAAACUGAUAAUGUGGCCGAAGAUUUAGUAGUUCCAAGCUUUUCUCCACCACUUGAAAUAAGCGAUGACUUUAUAGUACCUAACUUAUCAUCACCGCCACUGCCGCUACCUGACAGAUUACCUAAAACUACAGUUGAAAAAAUAGAAGUGAAAGCUGAUAUAACACCAAUUGAAACUAACAGAAGAAUUAAAUCUGAAGUCAAAAAACCAAAAGACGAAGUUCCAAAAAAAACAAUCAGUCGAGAUGCAAUUAGUGGUAAAAGUAGUUCGAGUGGUAGUUACAGUAUAGGUGGUUCAAAUCCAAAUGUUACCGAGAGCGUGACGGAUAAGGUUUGUGUGGAAAAAAUAAAAGAACUACCAGAAAAACCAGAAACAAAAGUAAAAGAAGAAAAGAAAGCUUCUAGUAAUGAACAAAAAGAGCAGUUAGUUCCCAAAAUGGUGGGAUCUUUAUCGGACGAUGAAAGAAGCGUACAUUAUUCUUCAUCUGGUUAUUAUGAAAGUCCUAUUGAAGACGAUGAUGAUGGAGGUUUAACAUACAAACAUUCACAAAAAUAUCGGUCAACAGGGAGACCAAAAUCUUGGAUAUCGGAUGAUAAAAGAAGGAAAAAGAAAGCAUUUACAUUAGAAUUCUCUAAAUCUUACGAUGAUUCAAUAUCAACAUCUCAAGAUGAUUGGGGUAAAAAAGAUAAGGAUCCAGAACCUUCUAAUCAUCGCUCUUCAUUCAAACCUAUUAGCUCAAAAUUACCGCUUGAAGAAAAAAAUAUUGAGCCUCGAAAGAAAAAAACUCAUUUUGUAGAAAAAACAAAAAGUGUACAGUCAUCGCCAAGAGAUGUCGUAGAUAUAGAAAAAUCUAUUAAGGAGAGAAUUAUAAAGGAAAAGGAAAAUGACAAUAAAAGACCAAACGAAAGGGAAAGAUACGUCAAACGAACAAAACUUAAAGCAAAGAGUCCUACGCAAAAUAAAACAAUUGAUGGUAGUUAUAGACAAGGUCAUUACGACAGGAGGGAUAACAUAGGGUCGAACGUUAAGCUACAUUUAAAUAUUCCUACUUCAGAUGACUCAAGUGAACAAUAUAGAAAAAAUGGCACUGGUAAUGGAAACAUUUCUCCGAGAAAACAUAGACGCUUACGAGAUAGCCCGCGACGAAAAACGGGGAAUAAUAACAAUUCAGCUAAAUCACCGACAUCUAGCAAUCAUUCUACAUAUAGACCUCGAAGAAAAAGUGGAUCUAAUGAAAGCAUAUCAUUACCUGGAAGUUUGCCGCGAAGGAAACAAUCAAUACCGACGAUUCCUUGCUUAAGUUCAUUAGAAGCGGAAGAUAUUGAAACUGCCAGAACUCUAAACAGUGCCGGGUCAAGGUUAACUCCAUUAAGAUACGUAAAAAGUCCAUCAGCAUCACCGAGGCACCAUAAAAAGCAAGGCCAAGCCGACGGAAAGUUUGCAAAGGCGGCCUCAGCAGAAUCUCUACGUUCCGUUUCACCAGGAUCAGACUCCGUGUUCUAUUCAGAACAUACUGAGCACGAUAUGGUUGGAGCAGAAUGCGAAGCUAAAGCUCACUGCCUUCACUGCGGUAAAGAAGUUCACAUUGUUACUGCAACUCACGAUCAUGACAGCCGAGCUUCAAGAACUUCACACACAGAUGAAUCUUACGCUGAUGCAACACCUGAUAUAGUACCUGCACCAGCUGGCUUUGCAGAUUCUCCAUCUUGUGGAGCGGCUAAAAAGCCUGCAACUGGCGCUCGAUUGUAUAAAAAACUUGAUAAAAGAUAUCGUUCUGAAGAUAAAUCCAGGCACUAUCGUCAUCGACAGGAUGUUAGAGCGAAGUCAGAAGAAAGGGGUAAAGAAGAGUAUUCGGGAAUGGAGAAAACUCAAGAUACGCGUAUAGCGCGAUCUGCUGGAAACAGUCUUGAUAAACUUGCUAGUUCCAAUGCAAGUGUUGAUCCAGAUGAACAUGAAGAAUGUUCGGGCAGCUCGGAUGGCGCAGAAGACGAGAAAGGCGUAUACGCAACGCCAUGGUGGUGCGGUAAUUGGAUAUUAUUGUCUGAAAAUGACGACAAUUGGACUCGGAUACCUCCAGACAUGAUAGAGCCAGUAAAUCCACAAGAAGAUCCAACAGAAUCGGAAACUGAAUUCAACAAACGCUACGUUGCUCUCACGCACCGACUUGUUCAUAGACGAGCCUGUAUAGAAUUGAAUCGAAGACAGUCGAAUAAUACUUUCGAAAGCGAUAAAACUGUCGUAGUAAGACGCGGCAAUGAAGAGUUCGGAUUCAGGAUACACGGGAGCAAGCCAGUCGUUGUGUCAGCGAUCGAGCCUGACACGCCAGCUGAGUCUUCAGGACUCGAAGUUGGAGAUAUUAUCAUAGCUGUUAAUGGGAUCAAUGUAUUAGACAAAACACAUUCUGAGGUCGUAAAGAUAGCCCAUUCCGGCUCGGAGAUUUUGGAAUUAGACGUCGCACGAACAUGUGAAGUAGUGGCGUCUCUGGCGCACGAGGGAGGCCCCGCGGCGCUUUACUCGGGAUACUUGUGGCGCGCCGCACCAGCACGCGCGCAUCUCCCGCCGAGGUGGACCAGGAGAUGGUUCGUGCUCAAGCGGGACAAUUGUCUCUACUAUUACAAGACGGACUCCAGUAUCCAUCCCGUGGGCGCCCUCAUGUUAGUGAACUACCAGUUAACGGAAGAAGACGCUGGUCGCGCGCACGGGUUCCGCUUGCAGCGCGGCGGCGGUACACGCCUACAACUCGCGGCGGACACCGCUGAAGCAGCCGCGAGAUGGAGAGCAGUGCUUGCUCAUGCUAUUGAUGCAAGCAAUCAACGUGAUGGUUGGUUAGAAGUGACUAUGAGGAACAUGAAGCUGCCACCAUCGUCUAUACCAAGACCUGAUUGUUUCGGAUACCUCAUGAAGUUGGGUUCCAAGUGGAAGUCUUGGGCUAAACGAUAUUGCGUGCUCAAAGACGCUUGCCUAUACUUUUACAACGAUGGAAAUAGCAAAAAUGCUUUCGGAAUGGCAUGCCUCCAUGGAUAUAGGAUACAGACGUGUUCUCCAGGAGGCAAGAAAUACGCUUUCGAAGUGAUGCCAACAGAGCCUAAGCAGAGACAUUUCUACUUCCACACUGAAUCGGAAAUGGAUAGAAAACGCUGGAUGGCGGCUCUAGAAUAUUCGAUAGAUCGGUGGAUGAAGGCCGGUUGACGAAGACACUUCACUUCAGAUUCAUUUGAAUUUGUGUAACUAUUGACUCAAUAUAAAUGUUCCUUUCAUCCUUUUUUAUGUUAAUUUAUUUUUCUUUAUUUAUUUUCAAUAUAAAAAACUUUAUUUAA